CCAGCCCCCUGCCCCCACGACGUGCUGUUCCAGAUGAGGCGAGGGGAAGGGCCCUGUGUCCCGCAUCUCCAGGACUCCACGGAAAGGGUGGUCCUGAGGGGAACCCGUACAGGUGGCGGGAGUGAGCCUGAGGUGGGAGAUCUCUGGCAAGAGGCAGCACAGCCACACAGGAUGUCCACGAGAGGCUCUGCCGGGAACGAUCCCCGGGGCCCGGACCCAGAACUAGCCUGGGGGGCCGAGGCCGGGGGGCAGCAGGGGGACUCUGAAGUGGAGUGUCUGGGCCCAGCCUGGAGGGAUGAGGCUGAGGCCGGGGGCCAGGAGGGAAACUCCCCGGUGGAGCGGCUCGGCCAGGCCUGGGGGAGCGAGACAGAGGACCAGCCGGGCCAGGCCCCUCCCUACGCUGGCGCCUCGGCCCCCCGCCCGUCGCCAGGGAAGCCCUACAAGUGCACGGAGUGCGGCAAGGGCUUCAGCCAGAGCUCCCACCUGAUGCGCCACCUGGGCACCCACACGGGGGAGAAGCCCUACAAGUGCGGGGCCUGCGCCAAGAGCUUCACCCAGAACUCCAACCUGCUGCAGCACCAGCGCAUGCACACGGGUGAGAAGCCCUACCACUGCCCGCAGUGCGGCAAGCGCUUCUCCUGGAGCUCCAACCUCAUCCAGCACCAGCGCCUCCACACCGGCCAGAAGCCCUUCCAGUGCGCCCAGUGCGGCAAGCGCUUCUGCGAGAGCUCCCGCCUGCUGGAGCACCAGCGCAUCCACACCGGCGAGAAGCCCUACCGCUGCCCGCAGUGCGCUAAGAGCUUCAGCCGCAGCUCCCACCUCAUCCGCCACCAGCGCAUCCACACCGGCGAGCGCCCCUACAAGUGCACCCAGUGCGGGAAAAGCUUCAGCCAGAGCUCGGCGCUCAUCCUACACCAUGGGACCCACGCGGCCAACCCGCUAUGAGCAGCCUGCCGGGGGAGGG